ACGACAACGCGGAUGCUCAGACAGAAUAAAAGGAGACGAUUACUUAAAAAACGAUGCCAGACUUCUCUGAACAUGGUGGCUUCGGAUAUUGGUCGACUCGCCUGGUCCUCCGUCACUCUGCUGACAGCUGCUUGCCUGAGUCCAGAUGAAUGCCAAAGCUCCCUCCAGGAUCCGAUGAUUACAGGGCAGCUGAGCAAGCCGCUGCUCUCCCUGCGCAGCGACAUGAGCGCGGCAGAACUCCGGGCGGACGACAAAGCGGCCACCCCAGACAGCGAUCUGAACGACGAGCCCCUGCUCCUGCCCUCCGAGGCCACGGACAGAGAGGGCACUCCCAACAAGCUUUACGGAGCUCGUGACGGAUCGGUUCAGUCUGACGCCAGCAGCAGUCCCUCCGAGCAGAGUCAGCUGGGCCAGACUCACCCAGCAUACCCAAUGGGUCCACAGAGCCAAACACACACACCAAGUCCGUGCGCCUGUGCGGCCCCUGGGAGACCACUUCUCAACACUCAGCUGUCAGGUCUGCCAAGCACUGUACAGCAGCUUUCCAGCAGCACCUAUGGAGAGGACGAGUGA